AUGCAUUUCAUAUAUACUUCUCUAAUUUUUUUUUCUAAAAAAAAAAAAAAAAAAAAAACUCCGAUGGCCGCAGCCGCCGCGACGUUCCCGAGCGUGGAGAGGUGCCCGUGGAUCGGGCGGGAGAAGGAGACGGUGGUGGCGGACAUGGACGGAACCCUACUCAUCGGGCGGAGCUCGUUCCCCUACUUCGCCCUCGUCGCCUUCGAGGUCGGCGGCGCCCUCCGCCUCCUCUUCCUCCUCCUCCUCUCGCCACUCGCCGCCGUGCUCUACUACCUCGUGUCGGAGUCGGCGGGGAUCCGCGUCCUCGUCUUCGCGGCGUUCGCCGGGAUGAGGGUGUCGGACAUCGAGUCGGUGGCGCGGGCGGUGCUGCCGAAGUUCUACGCCGGCGACCUCCACCCGGAGACGUGGAGGGUGUUCUCGUCGUGCGGGCGGCGCUGCGUGCUGACGGCGAACCCUAGGAUCAUGGUGGAGGCGUUCUUGAAGGAGUUUUUGGGGGCGGAUUUGGUGUUGGGAACGGAAAUCUCGAGCUACGGCGGCAGGGCGACGGGGUUCGUGGCGGCGCCGGGAGUCUUGGUCGGGAAAAACAAGGCCGAUGCGCUCGAGGCGGCGUUCGGCGCGGCGGCGCCGGAGAUUGGGUUGGGGGAUAGGCAUACGGAUUUUGCAUUCAUGAGCUUGUGCAAGGAGGGUUACAUCGUGCCACCAAAAACCGAAAUUAAGGCUGUAGCCGCCGACAAGCUGCCUAAGCCAAUCGUAUUCCACGACGGUCGGCUUGUUCAGAAGCCGAGCCCCGUGGCGGCGUUGCUCAUCAUCCUCUGGAUCCCCAUCGGCUUCCUCCUCGCCUGCCUCCGCAUCGCCGCCGGCGCCCUCCUCCCCAUGCCGCUAGUCUACUACGCAUUUUGGGCCCUCGGCGUCCGCGUCACCGUCAAGGGCAACCCGCCGCCGCCGCCGGCCAAGAGCUCCGGCCAGUCCGGCGUCCUCUUCAUCUGCUCCCACCGCACCCUCCUCGACCCCAUCUUCCUCUCCACCGCCCUCGGCCGCCCCAUCCCCGCCGUGACCUACUCCGUCUCGCGCCUCUCCGAGAUCAUCUCCCCGAUCAAGACCGUCCGCCUCAGCCGCGACCGCGCCACCGACGCCGCCAUGAUCAAGAAGCUCCUCCGGGAGGGCGACCUCGCCAUCUGCCCCGAGGGCACCACCUGCCGCGAGCCGUUCCUCCUCCGAUUCAGCGCGCUGUUCGCCGAGCUGACCGACGAGCUGGUGCCGGUGGCGAUGGUGAACCGGAUGAGCAUGUUCCACGGCACGACGGCGCGUGGGUGGAAGGGCAUGGACCCCUUCUACUUCUUCAUGAACCCGAGCCCGGCCUACGAGGUGACGUUCCUCAACAAGCUGCCGCGCGAGCUCACGUGCGGCGGCGGGGGGAAGGCCGGCCACGACGUGGCCAAUUAUAUACAGAGGGUUAUCGCCGCCACGCUGUCGUAUGAAUGCACCACUUUCACGAGGAAAGAUAAGUACCGCGCGCUCGCCGGAAACGACGGCACGGUGGUGGAGAAGCCGCGAGGGAAGCCGAGUAAAAUUAUGGGAUGCUGAUUAUUGAUCUUAAUAAGUAUAAAGAUUGCAUCAUGGAAAUUAAUCGAGAAAUACUGUAGAGUUUAUUUGUGUUUGCUAAUUUUGUUGAAUAUAGAAUCAAUAAUACAAUGUCAAAUCUUUCUUCAA